AUGCCCACUGCAACAUCCAAACAUGCCUCAGGCAAAAGGAAGCCAGAUACGAAUGCCUCCAAAGACGCCCAUUUGACGAAGCGACCUCGAAACAACAAUCCUAAGACUCCAACACCAGCUCUGCUAGCUCCCCACGAAACCAUCAUCGCUGAGCUCAACUCCAAAUAUGACAUCCUACCUGCUUCAGUUAUCUCAUCAACGAAAAUCAAGAAGCGCAUCAUGCAGGCCACAGAUCACAUAAUGACUCAAGGCGACCGACCUCGAGUAGCACUGCUGUAUGCGCGAACCGCCGAUGUUUGCAAGCUUAUCACAGUGGUGGAAACAUGCAAGCGGAUUGUCAGUGAGGAAGGGAAAGCAUAUUAUCAAUACAACCAGCUAUUUGACCAGCCAGAAAGGUCUAAGAGCAAGGAUAUUGUUGAAGAGACAAUUCUCGAAAAGAACAUCCAAGAAGACAAUGAUUCUGACAAUGACGACUUCGAGGUUAUGCACAGCCGUUUUGAAGACGCAGUGCUACCUCAGCCCUCGCCACGACCUUUGAAAUCAAUGAGGGUUUUCAUCUCGACUAUGCCCAUACAGGAAUUGAAAAUAAAGAAGGGUGUUACUGUCCAGUCUGGUACAGCCAAGCAGGCUUGA